GAGAGUUUUUCUGAUAAAUUAAACAAAAAUAAUGGCCUACGAUGCAGCACACGACGAUGGGCCAGGAUUUGUAGGCAUUCGGUUCUGUCAGGAAUGCAACAACAUGCUGUACCCGAAAGAGGACAAGGAAAACAAAAUUCUUCUCUACGCGUGCCGGAACUGUGAUUACAAGCAGGAAGCAGACUCGAACUGUAUUUACGUCAACAAAAUUAUGCACGAAAUUGACGAACUGACCCACAUCGUACCGGACGUGAUAUCGGACCCAACGCUACCACGCACCGAGGAGCACGCUUGUCCGAAAUGUUCCCACCGUGAGGCUGUUUUCUUCCAGGCCCAGACCCGCCGAGCCGAAGAGGAAAUGAGACUGUACUAUGUGUGUACCAACUCGUCCUGCUGCCAUCGGUGGACGGAAUGAGCCGUGU